AUGCGAGAGAUAAUCAGUCUGCACAUUGGUCAGGCAGGCGUGCAGGUCGGGAACGCUUGCUGGGAGCUGUUUUGCCUUGAACACGGUAUUCGGCCGGAUGGCCGCGGAGUCGACCCAGUGACUGGGGGCGACCUUGAUUCUUCCGAUCAUUCGUUCCACGCUUUCUUCGCAGAGACUGCACAGAAGCAAUAUGUUCCCCGCAGCGUAAUGGUUGAUUUGGAACCAACGGUUGUGGACGACGUUCGGAAGGGGCACUAUGGGAAACUUUUUCACCCCGACUUCCUUUUAUCAGGAAAGGAAGACGCAGCAAACAACUUUGCGAGGGGAUAUUACACUGUCGGCCGUGAAAUGGUUGAAUCACUGAUGGACCGCAUUCACCGCCUUGCAGACAACUGCGAUGGCCUUCAGGGUUUCUUAGUCUUUCAUGCCGCGGGGGGCGGCACUGGCAGUGGCCUGGGUUGCCACCUCAUGGAGAAGCUCUCUGUCGAGUUCGGGAGGAAACCGAAGCUUAACUUCUGUGUUUGGCCCAGCCCCCAAGUGUCGACAUCAGUAGUCGAGCCGUACAACGCCGUGCUGAGCUGCCACUAUCUGCUGGAGCAUUCCAAUGUAGUGGUAAUCCUGGACAAUGAGGCUGUUUAUGAAAUAUGCCGGCGCAACCUGGACAUACAGGUUCCAUCCUACUGCGAACUCAACAGACUCACUGCGCAGGUUAUAUCCUCCGUGACGACUUCCCUCAGAUUCGAUGGAGCUCUCAAUGUGGACAUGACAGAGUAUCAAACAAACCUGGUGCCGUACCCCCGCAUUCAUUUCUUGCUCACCAGUUAUUCGCCACUUCUGUCGGCGAGCAAAUACAAGCACGAGCAAAUGAACGUCAGGGAAAUUACCGUUGCUGCUUUUGACGAGUGUAAUAUGAUGGCCAAGUGCCGCCCAUCCAUGGGGAAGUACAUGGCCUGUUGCUUGAUGUACAGGGGGGAUGUCACCCCGAAAGAUGUCAACGCUGCCAUGGCAACGAUUAAAGGACGGCGAGACAUCCACUUCGUCGACUGGUGUCCAACUGGGUUCAAGACCGGGCUCAACUAUCAGCCGCCUACUUUCGUGCCGGACAGCCAUCUGGCCGCAACCCCACGCUCUGUGUGUAUGAUGAGCAACUCAACCGCGAUCAAGGAAGUUAUUCAGAGGAUAGACACCAAGUUCGACAAGAUGUACUCCAAAAGAGCCUUCGUCCACUGGUUUGUCGGUGAAGGAAUGGAGGAAGGAGAGCUCACUGAAGCACGGGACGACUUGGCGGCCUUGGAGAGAGACUACGACGAGGUUGCCGCGGUAACAACGCUGGAGCUUCACGAAAUGGACGAAGACAUGGAUGAAGAUCUGCUUCCGAAUUGA